AAUUCUUUUCAACAAUGUAUGGAGGCCAUAUUUUCGGGUGAAGUUUCUGUCAAUUACAAACCCUGUAGUUUAUAAUUUAUUUUAAGUAUCUUAUUCGAUGAAAUAAUAUACAACAUUCCAAUAUCUAUUACUUUUAAAAACUGUUUAGUAUCAAUUUAAGAUGGAAGAAAAGUCAGCGCUAAAAGAAUUGGAUUCCUGGAUUGAGCAGCUCAAUGAAUGCAAGCAGUUAACCGAAAAUCAAGUGAAAACUCUCUGCGAAAAGGCUAAAGAAAUUCUUGCUAAGGAAUCGAAUGUUCAGGAAGUUAAAUGUCCGGUAACAGUUUGUGGCGAUGUUCAUGGCCAAUUUCAUGAUUUAAUGGAAUUAUUUAGAAUUGGUGGAAAAUCUCCAGAUACCAAUUAUCUGUUUAUGGGUGAUUAUGUUGAUAGAGGAUAUUAUUCAGUUGAGACUGUGACAUUGCUUGUUGCUCUCAAGGUGCGUUAUAGAGAAAGAAUAACUAUUCUCAGAGGCAAUCAUGAAAGCCGUCAAAUCACCCAAGUAUAUGGGUUUUAUGAUGAAUGUCUUCGAAAAUAUGGAAAUGCGAAUGUUUGGAAAUAUUUUACGGAUUUGUUUGAUUAUUUACCAUUAACUGCAUUAGUGGAUGGCCAGAUUUUCUGUUUGCAUGGUGGACUUUCACCAUCAAUCGAUACCUUAGAUCACAUCAGAGCUCUUGAUCGUCUUCAAGAAGUUCCUCAUGAGGGUCCAAUGUGUGAUUUGUUGUGGUCAGAUCCAGAUGAUAGAGGUGGCUGGGGUAUUUCUCCUCGUGGAGCUGGUUAUACCUUUGGCCAAGAUAUAUCUGAAACUUUCAAUCACAGUAAUGGAUUAACCUUAGUUGCUAGAGCACAUCAGUUAGUGAUGGAGGGCUAUAAUUGGUGUCAUGAUAGAAAUGUUGUUACUAUAUUCAGUGCACCAAAUUAUUGCUACCGUUGUGGCAAUCAAGCUGCUAUCAUGGAAUUAGACGAUGCACUAAAAUAUUCGUUUCUUCAAUUUGAUCCAGCACCUAGAAGAGGAGAGCCCCAUGUCACACGACGUACUCCAGACUAUUUUCUGUAAAAAAAGAAAACCAGUGAACUAUUUCAUUGUUGUACUACCUAGAUUCUGGAUAACUUUUUAUCGGCUGCAGGAGUGCAAAUUUGUCAUACAUUUCAGAACACAAUGCAUUUCUUGCUGUUAAUGUUUGUGGCCCAAUUUUUGUGUCAUCUAAUUUUUGUGCAACACUAUGGAGUAGAAAUCUAUUUAACUGUAGCAGAAACUUUCAAUGUAUAAAGUCUGAUUGAACUUUUUUUUAUAUAACCAUGAUAUCUCCAUUUUUAUUAUCACUUCUGGCAUCCAGUGUGAAAUAGUUGUGCUUAAUGAGUUACUACUUAUUGUUCUAUAUGCAUUACAGUUUGCAGCAUGAUUAUUUUGUUUCAUUAAAGAGAAAUAAUUUUGUGUUCUGUGGUUGGCAGUAUCAACUUGGAACCCUUAACAAUCCAUGUAGCUCUGGUAUGCAUCUUAUAAUCUAGUGUGAAUGCCUAUUUUGAUGUAAGUUUUAAGUACACAGAAAUUUAGUAUUUUCAUGCCCAAAAGUCCUUUAACCGUGUUGAUUAUUAUUGCUGGUAUCAAGCCAUUUCAUAUGGUAAAAGUGGACCUUUUUAUUUCUGUACUCUCUGGUUUAAAAUUGCCAUGUACAGUUGAUAAUAAAAACUCAUAUUGUUC